UGACUACAAACUGGUUCCACAAGUAAUUAUGUGACCUGACCUUACCUACUAGCAAUUCAUUUGUAUGCAAAAGUCCCUCUCAGAAAAGGGCAGCAAGCUGUGCAGUUGUGAAUUGUGCUGCACCAAGCGCCAGUAACGAGGGAGACUUCCUUGACAAUAAUACUUAUAAGAUAAGGAGGAUUUAGUCAAAUCUUUGCAAAGGUGCCAGAAUCAACUUAUCUUGGAACAUUUGAGCUGAGGAACAGCCCCGAAUAAGCCAUUCCCUAAAAGCACAACAGCUACCGGAGGAAAAGACUUUCCACCCCUGUCUAUGAGCAGAAAGUACGCAAAGUUUGGAUUUUGCUACACUAAAAGAGUCAGUACAAGAUGGGAAGAAGGCUGAAAAACAUGCUGAUUUUCCUUCUCAUCAUCCUGAAGGAGUUUCACAUGCCAGAAGCUUCCUGCAGCUGUUCAUCAUCACCCUGUACCUGCACCAGUCUGGGCCUCACCAGCAUCCCUCAAAACCUACCAACAAAUAUCACUGAACUGAACUUGAAUGAUAAUCAAAUUCACACUUUAGGUCAGUCAGAUUUCUCAAGGUAUACAAACUUGAUAAAUCUAUACCUUAACAACAAUGGCAUCAGUAGUAUUGAGGCAGGAAUCUUCAGUCACACUCCACAGUUACAACGUCUUUACCUAAAUGAAAACAACCUGACAUCAAUUCCACAAGGUGUUUUCAAUAAUCUGAAUCAAAUCCAAGGAUUGUCCUUAUCUUCAAACCUGAUCACACACAUUCAGUCUGGUGCAUUUUCAAACUUGCCACAACUCCAAGAACUGCGCCUGUACUCAAACCAGAUAACACACAUUCAGGAUGGUUCAUUUUCAAACUUGCCCCAACUCUGGUACCUAGGCUUACAGAACAACAAAUUGACCAGUGUUCCAACUUUUCAAUAUCAGCUUCCAAAACUCGGCAAACUAAACCUGAUUUCUAACAAUAUCACAGACAUUCCAGCCCAUGCAUUUUCCAAUCAGCCCAAACUGUCUGGACUCUAUCUAGAAGCAAACAGAAUCUCAACUGUUUCAUCAACUGCUUUCAGAGGACUUAAUCAGCUUUACGAACUCUAUCUCUCCAACAAUGAGCUAACUGAGCUUCCUGACGAUCUGUUCUUUGGUCUGUCAAAUCUUGACUAUCUAGAGCUACAAAACAAUGCCAUCUUGCAGAUCUUCCCAAACACAUUCACAGGUACAUCAAGCCUAGAUUACUUGGACUUGUCUGGCAACAACAUAGAAACAUUCCCUAUUGAGGCAUUGCUAAAGGUUUCCUCAAUUACUUGGCUCUACCUGCGGGACAACCAGAUGACAACACUUUCCUUCACAGCCUAUGACAAGCUGUCUUCGAUCCGUACUGUGUACAUUUUCAACAACCCUUGGCAGUGUGACUGUAGGAUGGUUGGUUUCAGACUGAAAAUGAAUGGGUCUCAUCCUUUUGAAAACCAAAUCAGCUGUACUGAUCCACAAAAAUCUGGCCAACUGCUGAAAGAUAUCAAUCCUGAGGAUCUGACCUGUGAAGAGCCAAUGAUUGUCCUUGGCUCUGUUAUUGGUGCAGUAGCUGGUACUGUCCUCAUUGUUGGAAUCAUUCUCAUGAUCUGGUUCAAGAGAAGGACCCAGAAUCCUGCACCAGGUCCUGAUACGAGUGUUUUAUUUAGUAACACAAACACCAUGGUUACUGUAGCAACCAGUCCAUGGUCAUGGUAAGAAAGGGAAGGGUCAGCAUAAUCAAGAUCUUUAUGAAGAUGUGGAUUAUGAGGACCAGUCAACAAGCAACCAAAGUCGUAAAGGCGCAGGCCCUAAAGGUGCAGGUCCAAAAGGUGCAGGUCCUAAAGGUACAGGUAAAGGGAAGUCUGACAAAACGAAGGCUGCCACACCAGCCAACAGAAACAAAGCUCCAGAUGUUGAGCGCCCCCCACUUCCCCCUCCUCCCCAUACAGGUGCUGCUGCAGCUGUAAUAUGCAAAUGAGCCAGCAGCUGCUCCUGAUUAUGAUAAUGACCAGUCUUACUACCUUCCUCUGGCAUAAACCUAAACCUAAACAAGCACACUGAAGUUUAGACAGGAACCCUAAAGAUUGCUCAGCCAUCCUACAGAUCACACAGCCAUUUCAAAGAUCUUUAUAAUAACUUCAUAAAAAAGUAGAAAGGAAAUUUUUAAAAUUUCUAUAAAGAUUGUAUGUGGAUAAAAUCAGUUAAUCAUGUCUAAAUCUUAUAAUGGUUGAACCUAAAUUUACACUAUAUCAAAUUGGUGUAUAUCUUUAUGUUUCACUUGGGAAGGUUUUUGCACUGUACAUGUUUGAGACAAAAAUGACAGUAUCUAUAUGAACGAAGCUGACGUGCAUGCAAUAAUUUAAUCAUAAUCAUAAAGAGUGAAGACACCACGUAUUGAAAACCUAGCAGUUAGUACUACAUACUGAGAGAUAGUCAGGAUGAUAAUCUACUAUCACACAAUUGUAUUACGCCUUAUAUAUUGAAUUUACAUGGAGGAGCAAUGACUCUUUCAGGGGAAGAAAUUUUGUCAAUCACGGAGAAACGUUUUCAUUUCUGUCGCUGUGGUGUCCUUGCAUAGAAAGUUUUCUAUCUAUCUAUCUAUACAUACAUACAUUGUACAUAGUUACAUAUAAGUAAAUACAAGUAAAUAUAUAAGUAAAUACGAACUGUAUAUCUACAUGUGUCUCCUAGAAGUGUAUUCAUGUUAAGUUUGAUUUAGAUAAUUGUGGUACAUAAUGAAACCUAGAUAAAAUGUUUGCACAACGUCAGAUAUGAUCCAUUUUUAAGCUUAGAUGCUUCUUCUAACAUUUUAAACUUUACUGGUAGUAGUAUACAUAUUUCAUAAUAAUUAUUGUACUUUCAAUUGACUUAUUUUUGCACGUCUAAACAUAAGAUUUUGCCGGGUACUCAUGUCAUUAAAAACUGUGUUAUUAAGACUUUCUCAAGAAUGUUUUGAAUACAUGGAUAUCUAGGAUAUUUUAGGAGAAUUCUUUUCCACAACCAGUUUGUACUUACUUUUUAAAAGAAUUCUCUUAUAUACUAUAUUCUGCCAACUUGAUGAAAUUAUUUUUGAAAGACAUGGAUAUCUGUUCAUUCGUACAUCUCUUUACAUUCAAUUUUUUUAAUGUUAUAUUGCCUAUCUUUUAAACUUGUAUAUUUGAUCUGUGUAUCUAAUAUGUAACCUUAAUGAACCUUAAUGUGAAAAUGUGUGCAGAAACGAUAAUUUUUUAUGCUCAUAAUCAACAUGUACAAUGUUCUUCUGACAUUUAUGCAUGCAAGCAAGUUACCAAGUUAAUAAUGGCAAAUGAUUCUUUAUUGUACAUGACCUAUUAGCAUGUCAUUCAAUGUUCAUGUACAAACAAGUAAGACAGGUAUUGCAUCUACAUGUAUACAUUGCAGCAACAUAUAUCUUAUUCUAUGGCAAGAUCUAGAGAGGUGUUAAGGUUCAGCUGAUAUAUUUUCAAUAAGUGAGUGAAGGAAUGCAUGCAAUUGCAUGUGCCUAUUAGUGAGUGAAAUA